AAUCGUUAUCGCGACCGCAACGAUAUCAAGUUCGUAUUCGCCGUGUUUACGUCCAUCCACACGAUGCCGGGUGAGAAUCCGACACCGGUAGCUCCAACGUACAAUCAGUUGUUUGAAGCGGUCCACGCGUUAACCGAAAGGUUACAAGCGCUCGAGACUACCACCUCCGCACAACACGCUCUGUCUCAACAGCCUCCUAUACAGAACGCCGUCCCUUCCGCUGCUUCCUCAAUCGACUAUCGCAUACUCCCGGAUGUGGGAACGUCCAUCUGGUCGUUCACCGGGCACGAGUCGAGCAGCCAAGCGGAAGACUGGAUCAACUCUGUCGACGGGAUGGCUCAGGUCAACCAGUGGCCAUUGCGACAUCGCUUACAAUACGUCCGAUCGCACGUUUCGCAGGCCGCACGGAGUUGGUACCUGUUGGAAGAGUUCCGGGAUUGGGACACCUUCGUCCAGAGGUUCAAAACCACGUUCGUGCGCACGGUGCGCAAGGCCGAUCUGUGGCGUGAACUCGAAGCCCGAAUUCAAGAGCAGAACGAGCCCACCAUCGACUAUUUCUACGUGAAACUCGGGUUGUGCCACUCGCUCGACCUGACGUUUGCCGAUACGCGGGAAUACGUCAUCGAGGGACUGAGGUCGGAAGCCCUCACAGACUGGGUCUACGGUCGCACUCACUUCAACCGCGACGAUCUCUUAUCAGAUAUCCGUGACUGGGAGCGUAUGCGCGCGAAGCGCGAAGAAAGAUACGGGACUGUUGACCCGACGUUUGCCAAACCUAGUGACCUUAACCAGGAGUCCAUUACUGAACAGACGAGUGCAGAACCCAUUGACGUCGUACCCGCUGUUCCGCCGAAAACGACAUCCAGCGCGGUCGCUGGAUGGUCGACGUUUAGGUCCGAACCAAAAACGGACGUUUCUUCGACACGUCCGACGAUUUAUUGUUUCAAUUGCCGUGGCACGGGACAUAUCAGUAGGGAUUGCCCGAAACCACGACGACCGAUGAAGUGCUCGAACUGCAACUCCAAUCAGCACACUCGAGGCCGAUGCUCGGAAAUCACUGCUGAACGAUCUGGAGACGCGUCCGUGGCCGAUCAUGCGUAUCAUGCUGACGUAAUCGAGAGGAUGAGGCCGAAAAAUUCGUUCUCGAAAAAUGUGAUAGUAAACGGACAUCCCGUGUCCGGUUCGAUCGAUUCGGGCAGUUCCGCCGUGUUAAUACGUUCGACGAUAGCCCGCGAGUGUGGAAUCGCCGUACGCGAUGCCGUUUGUCCCUUGUAUACGGUGGGAAAUGUCGAUCAACCAGGCGCGACGACAAUCGGCGAAGGUGUCGCCGACGUCACCAUUGACGACGUGAUGGGGUCCGACCACAAAUUGAAGAUUGUGCCGGACGACUCGAUACCAGUCGAUGUAUUGGUUGGUCGUACGUGGCUCGACCUGCCACACGUCAAUUAUUCGAAGCAAGCGGGCGAAAUUGUUUUCAAAACCAACAGUCGCAUGUUGACUGACGUACUCGCCGAGAUACUCGCCACCGACGACGGGAACAUAUACGUCGCAGGAGCAGAGCUGCAACCCCUAGUGAAGGACACCAAACCACCCGACGGAGGGGACGCCGACGAGCCCCUAUCCGAGGAAGAAGACGACGAGAUCAACAACCGGGACCAAUCCGACGACGAGGGUGACAGCCAGAAACCGCCCAACGAUGAGAUUCGACCUGAAGUCCAAUUCCGUCAGCCGCCAGAAGGCGUGAGGUAGUGGGUAACCUAACCCGCACAGCUCGACGACUACGAGCUCGGCCGG